AUGGAUCAGUCCAUUAUCCGCAUCUCCAAGGAGCUUAGCGACAUCCAAAGAGGCUCGGAUCUUGGCAUCGCCGUUGCGUGUCGCGAUAUUGAUGUCCGCAACGUCAAGGCCCUCAUUGUCGGCCCUCACGAGACGCCGUAUGAGUUCGGUUUCUUCGAGUUUGCGAUUCGCUUCAACAAAGAGUACCCGUCCAAGGCGCCUAAUGUACAGUGCGUGACGACAAACGGCGGUUUGUGUCGGUUCAACCCAAAUAUCUAUGCUAACGGCAAGAUCUGUCUGUCCAUCCUUGGGACAUGGAGAGGUGAGCCCGGCGAGGAGUGGUCUUCCGCGCAAGGCCUCGAGUCCAUACUGCUGUCCAUUCAGAGCCUUCUAUCGUCCAACCCAUACGAGAACGAGCCCGGCUUCGAGGAUGCAAACGAGGAGUCGGACAAGAGAAUGCAAAAGGCCUAUAUAGAGAAGAUCCGCCAUGAGACCCUGCGCAUCUCCGUCAUCCAGCGUCUAGAAGGCUACCUCGGGCUCGCCUCCGACGGCUCUAGGCUCAAGGACGUGGAGACUGAAGAGGCGGACGAGAAUGCUGUCCCUUUCGAGCCCUUCAAGGACCUCUGCAAGCGCCGCUUUCUUUGGUACUAUCCGUCGUACCUCGCUGCCAUCCAGGCGGGCAAGACCGAGGUUAAGGUCAAUCAGGUCUUCACGAGGAUGCCGUUUGAGUCGCCUAGUCACAACAGCAUGGAGGGCCGGUUCAACUACCCCGAGCUCGAGCGCAGGCUGAACAACAUCAAAGUCGCGCUCGAUGACGAGCCCAAGGUCUGGGCCGAGGAGGGCGUCGCGGCCAUGGCUAAGGAGUCGACGGUAUGCGUGAACUUGCAGCACCAGUUCGAGCAGGUUUCGGCGGCCUUCAAACGCGGCGACAUGCCCCACGACGUGGCGCUUGUUCAGGACAACCCCUUCUGUUGGAUCAUCACGUACUUUGGCCGCCCAAUGACCAACCUGGACGGAGGGCUCUUGCGCAUCAGAAUGAGUUUCAGCCCACGCUUCCCCGACGAGCAGCCCCGGGUCAGCUUUGAGACCAAGAUUUUCCACCACCACGUGGCCGAGGACGGCACGGCGUGUUAUGUCCCAAAUCCCUUGAAGCGGGAGGAUAUCAAGUCACACAUCGAGGCCAUCAUAUCCGCCCUGGAGGAGGAAGAGCCCGCCUACGAUCCCCGGAUGAUUGUGAACCCUGAAGCCACCCGCCUGUACUGGGGCAUCAACUCGGACAGCAAGAAGAUGUACAGCCGCCGCCUGCGACGGUCUGUACAACAGAGCAUGGAGGACUUUCCGGAGUAG